CAGCACCCAUCAAACACUUUAUUUUCUGUUAGCUGUGACCUGUGAGUUUUUUCGAGUCCAACAAAAAUGGCGGUAACGAAGCAACUGCCGGCGGCGGAAGAAGAGAAGCUGCUGAGGCAGAGGAACGAGGAGUUGGAGAGGGAGUUGAGGAAAAGCCAGGAGAGGGAGGAGCGGAUGAAGGCGGAGCUCCAGAGAGCCCGCGAGAGGCUCCGAGUCGCCGAGGAGGCAGAAGAGCGUCUCUGCUCUCAGCUCGGCGAGCUCGAAGCCGAGGCCGUCGAUCAGGCGCGUAUGGAUCACGGCCGAAUUCUGGCCCUCGCGGACCAGCUCUCGCACGCCCAGCGCCUCCUCCAGGCUUCCGCCAUUCCCCUGCCGUCGUCGGGACUCGCUUCCAAAUGACAGCCUGGCUGAAACAUUAGUUACUAACCGUUUCCUCUUUUGUGAAAAAAAAAAAAGCCGUAAUUUUGUUCUAGUUUGUGUUGAGUUGUUGGUUGUAAUUAGAGUGGUACAAAAAAUACCCAUCAUCGUGUCGGUAUCUCAAAUCAAUAGCUCAUUAUUGUAAGUAAGUCCGCUUUGUACGUUUUUUUGUUGUUGUAAUUUGGACUUGUUCGUGUUGUGUAUUAUGUUGUUCGAUAAUUUGAAUCAUUUGAUUUUUAAUCAUUUCUUUCCCUUUGAAGAAAACGAAUAUGUAGAGAAGAAGAGAGAUAUUUUGUUUUGCAA